CUCAGUGCAGUGAUGUCAGUGUUUAAAAUAAACGUUGUCCCGUCAUUCUCAGAUAAAACGUUGAUCCUGUUUCAGACGGCUCCAUUUCUCUAGAGACGUUGCAGAGGCAGCAUGUUAUGAAAGGAAGAUUAUUGGACCAAAGCAGAGCAACACAUGGUUCCAGGUUGAGGUCAGGAUGGGGAACACCUCACCCAGGGUUCUGGUCUCACUCUUGCUGAACACACUGCUCUGCUGUGGACAAACUCUCGUUAUAGAUCCUGUGCUGACUGUUGAACCCAACUGGUCGACUUUUUAUGUUGGAGAGUUUGUUACAUUUAUCUGUGACAUGAAUGAAGGAAGAAACACUGACUGUCAAUACCGGUUAUUAAGGAAUGGUCAAGAAUUUGAUCGCUUUCAGUCAGAUAAACGUUUCAGAGUUGGUCCUCUGUAUACUGGUGAUAGUGGUGAAUUUCAGUGCUGUCGUCAAUGGAGGGUUUCACCUGACGAAAAUUGCAGUAAAACUGUCCCUGUUACUGUCUCAGAUAAACCCAGAGCCAAACUGGCAGCAGGUUCAACAACCAUACCAAUAGGGGGCAGUGUGACACUGAGCUGCUCAGUGGAGCCCUCUGCUGGAUGGAAGUACAGAUGGUUCAGGCGGACCUCAGAUUCUUCUUUUGUUGAAUUCAGCAGAAAUAAUGAAGAAAACAGAGAAAUCACUGUGACACAAGGAGGAAUCUAUAAGUGUGAUGGAGAGAGAGGAAAUCCCUCAUUCUACAGUCAUUCAAGCCUUGAGAACAACAUUGAAAUAAUGUUUUCCAACAAGGUUUUUGUGACUCGACGACCAAUCUGGCCUCAGAUGUUCAGUGGUGAGUCGAUCACUCUGACAUGUGAGGUCCAGGGAGGAGAAACCACUGAGUGGACGUGUGAAUGGAGAAGAUCUGGGUCAAUAAUACACAAGACAGACAGUAAAGACUGGACUUUCAAUGUCUCUGAGUCCAGCAGUGGAAACUACAUGUGUCAGUGUAGAAGCAGAGAUGACUGGUAUUCUUCAACACAGUGGAGUGAAACCAUCAGACUGUCUGUAUCAAAUAAACCUGGAGCCAAACUGGCUGCAGGUUCAACAACCAUACCAGUAGGGGGCAGUGUGACACUGAGCUGCUCAGUGGAGCCCUCUGCUGGAUGGAAGUACAGAUGGUUCAGGCGGACCUCAGAUACUUCUUUUGUUGAAUUCAACACAAAUAAUGAAGAAAACAGAGAAAUCACUGUGACACAAGGAGGAAUCUAUAAGUGUGAUGGAAAGAGAGGAAAUCCCUCAUUCUACAGUCAUUCAAGCCAUGAGAACAUCAUUGAAAUAAUGUUUUCCAACAAGGUUUUUGUGACUCGACAACCAAACUGGCCUCUUGUCUUCAGUGGUGAGUCGAUCACUCUGACAUGUGAGGUCCAGGGAGGAGAAACCACUGAGUGGACGUGUGAAUGGAGAAGAUCUGGGUCAAUAAUACAGUGGACAGACAGUAAAGACUGGACUUUCAAUGUCUCUGAGUCCAGCAGUGGAAACUACAUGUGUCAGUGUAGAAGCAGAGAUGACUGGUAUUCUUCAACACAGUGGAGUGAAACCAUAACAGUAACUGUGUCCAGUUCUUCACAUCUUGUGCUGCUGAUCUCUGGACCAGUUGUUGGAUUUAUUCUCAUUAUUCUCCUCGUCUUGUUGUGUUUCUGCAGACGGUCCAAGGGUUUAUUCUGCUCCAGAUGUAAGGCCUCAGAGAGCAGCAGAAAUGAUGGAGUCAACCAGGCUGGCGGUCAUGAAUACAGCUCUCCUCUUCAGGAAGUCACUCCAACAUAUGCUGAGAUCAACCACCAGGCUAGAGCCAAUAGAAAGAAAAAAGGAAGUCCUGCAGCCACAGAUAAAACGGUUUAUUCUGGCAUCAGGUCAGGAGCAGCUCUGCACGUCGACUCUGCCAUGUAGGCUGCAGGAUGUUUUGAUUUAUUAUAGGAUUUAUGAUAUGGAUUAAGCUCAUUACAUUCUUAUGUGUUCUGGUUACAAGUCUUCAUAAACCCUGUACUGGCUGAACAAAGAAAUAUUGUCUGAAACUGAAGUAGGUAAAAGAAAAAUCAGACCCACUCAGUAGUGUGAACAGAAAUGCUUUGUAAAAUCCAGACAGGCAGUAAUGUACAUAUUUUUAAUAUAAUUGAUCUGGAGAUCCAGGGUGAUGCUAAUAUUUUGAAUUUGGUCCUUUGCUGUUUUAUAUUCUGCAUCAGUUUUAUUUCUUCUUUUUGCUUUAGCUUCCUAAACUAACUUUUAUAUAAUCAGGUUCCAUUUUACAUGAGUGAUGGUACCUUGCAUAAUAAAUUACAUUUUGAGAUGAGCAAAAUAGUCUUUACUAAAUUAAAUAUUCUCUUACACUUUUCAAUUGUUAACUUGUAAGUAUAAAAUUCUCAUCUGUUUUUUUUUUUUACAAUAUCACUUUUGCCUUUUUGACACAAGUAAUGCUGUUGAUUUGUCUUUGUAUUUCAUUUAUUGUAGCUUUUUAAACACAUAUUCAUUGAAAAUAACCUGUUAUGUAUCAAAUAUACUAUGUGGUUGUCAAAUUAAAGUGAGUCGUCUGCCCACUAAAAACUAAAUAUGACAACGAUUACAGUUACAUUCAUUGCUUCUCAACUUCUACUUUGCAGCUGAUUGUGCAGUCAGAAGUCAGGAUAUCUUUUUUUUUUUUACAUGUAAUCAAAGCUCUUUUUACA